ACACAAAUUUCUUGUUGUUUGACAGUUUAGACCGUAAAAUGCAUACUUAAGCCUUAUACUAGCGUCAAACGACCAAAAUACACAUUGUGAAGUUUCAGGAAUUCGCACUUUGCAUAUAAAGCUGAUUUCACUGGUGCUGGACAUCUCAAGAGGAGCCAAGUCUGCAGAUUUGCUUCAUUUUGUAGCACAUAACAAUUCGUUGUACAUAAACUGCAAAAAUGGCUGAACAAACCAGGAACGAUGGCUUGAUAUUCUAUGUCAACGGCAAAAAGAUAGUGGAGAAGAACCCAGAUCCUGAGACUAUGCUUCUGCCCUAUUUGAGGAAAAAAUUGCGUUUGACUGGCACUAAAUACAGCUGUGGUGGAGGAGGAUGUGGAGCUUGUACCAUCAUGGUGUCCAGAUAUGACCCUCAGACUAAGAGCAUCAGUCAUUUGUCAGUGAACGGGUGUCUGUUUCCCAUCUGCCAUCUUCACGGAGCCGCAGUGACAACUGUUGAAGGCAUCGGAAACACCAAAACCAAAUUACACCCGGUCCAGGAGCGCAUAGCAAAGGCUCAUGGGUCUCAAUGUGGCUUCUGUACUCCUGGGAUGGUGAUGUCCAUGUAUACAUUGCUAAGAAACAACCCACAUCCCACCUUGGAUGACAUAACAGAGUGUCUUGCAGGUAAUUUAUGCAGAUGUACAGGAUACCGGCCCAUCAUUGAUGGCUACAGGACCUUCUGUGAGAGUGAAAACUGUUGCCUGUUAAAUGGCAGCACGUGUAAUGUGCUCAAUGGAAAUGGAUCUGCGGAGAAUGGUCAUGCAGAGCUGUUCAGUAAAGAUGACCUGCUUCCCCUCGACCCGUCCCAGGACCUGAUCUUUCCUCCUGAGCUCAUGAGAAUGGCGGAGGACAAGGAUCAGAGCAUUCAGAGGUUCUGUGGGGAGAGAAUGACCUGGAUCAGUCCUGGAUCUCUAGAUGAGCUGCUCCAGCUGAAGGCUGAUUACCCACAAGCCCCUUUGGUCAUGGGGAACACCACUAUAGGUUUGGACAUGAAAUUCAAGGGUAUCUUCCAUCCCAUAAUAAUAUCUCCAACACGAGUCCCAGAAUUGUUCAAGGUUAACCACAGAUCAGAGGGUGUGUGUGUCGGAGCUGGAUGUAGUAUGUCAGAUCUGAAGAGCGUGUUGGAGAAAACUAUAAAUGAUUUUCCACCAGAGAACACACACACGUUUCGGGCUCUUCUGCAGCAGAUAAACCUCGUUGGAGGACAACAGAUCCGCAACGUGGCUACACUGGGUGGCAAUAUUGCAAGUGCAUAUCCAAACUCAGACCUGACCCCUGUGUUAGCUGCUGGCAGAUGCACUCUUGUAGCUCUUUCUAAAGAUGGACGAAGAAGGCUGCCUAUUGAUAAAGACUUUUUCCUUGGAUUUGCAAAGACGAUUCUAAAGCCAGAAGAAAUACUGUUGUCUGUUUUCAUUCCAGCUACAAGACAAAACGAGAUUGUCCAUGCCUUCCGACACGUCCCGCGCAAGGAAAACGCAUUAGCCACACUGAAUGCUGGGAUGCGGGUUUGGCUCAAUGACAACUCAAAUGUGGUGAAGGAGAUCAGUAUUUACUAUGGAGGAGUUGGAGCCACAAUUCUCAGCGCAGACCAUGCAUGCCAGAAGAUUGUAGGAAGGCCUUGGGAAGAGGCGACAUUAAACGAUGCGUACAGCGCACUGUUUGAUGACGUCAAACUUGACCCUGCGGCUCCAGGCGGGAAAGUGGAUUUCAGAAGAUCCCUGACUUUGAGCUUGCUUUUUAAAUUCCAUCUACUCAUCCUCCAGUAUCUGAAGGAAAAAGAUGUGAUUCAGAUGGAAGUACCACAAGAGAUGCAAAGUGCGAUUCAACCUCUUCCAAAACGCAUUCUACCUGGUUAUCAAGAAUUUCAGAAUGUCUUGGAGGACCAGUCGGCUCAAGAUCUGGUGGGCCGUCCAAUGAUGCACCGGUCAGCUCUGAGUCAGGCUACUGGAGAGGCAGUCUACUGUGAUGAUCUGCCAUACACCGAUGGUGAACUUGUCCUUGCCAUUGUGACCAGCUCCAAAGCACAUGCCAAAAUCACUCAUAUUGACUUCAGUGAAGCUCUGAAGCUGCCUGGUGUUGUGGACGUAAUCACUGCUAAAGACAUACCGGGCAAAAAGUUCAGAACCUUCACCGGCUAUGAUGAGGAACUGCUGGCUGAAGAUGAGGUGUCCUGUGUUGGUCAGAUGAUCUGCGCUGUGGUUGCAGAUUCAAAAGCGCAUGCUAAACGUGGAGCGGCAGCGGUAAAAGUUAGCUAUGAAGAUCUACAGGAUUGCAUCUUCACUUUGGAGGAGGCCAUCGAAAAAGAGUCUUUCUUCCUGCCUAGAAGACAGAUCGAGCGAGGAGAUGUGGAAAAGGGAUUGAGAGAUGCCGAGCAAGUGUAUGAAGGGGAGAUUCGGAUUGGAGGACAGGAGCAUUUCUACAUGGAAACUCAGAGUUUUCUGGUCGUUCCAGUUGGGGAAGAGAAGGAGAUGAAGGUUUAUUUGUCAACUCAGCAUCCUACAUAUACGCAGGAGGCAGUUGCAGAAACGUUGGGAAUUCCAUCCAAUCGUGUUACUUGUCACGUUAAGCGAUUGGGCGGAGCCUUCGGGGGAAAGGUCACCAAAACUGCCAUUUUGGCCUCCAUCACUGCAGCUGCGGCAUGGAAAACUGGACUUCCAGUGCGAUGUGUUUUGGAAAGAGGAGAAGACAUGCUGAUAACCGGAGGACGUCACCCAGUGUGGGGAAAAUACAAGGUGGGAUUCAUGAAGAAUGGAAGGAUAACAGCAGCUGAUUUCCAGUACUACGCCAAUUCUGGAAACAAAGUGGAUGAGUCCGUACUGGUCGCAGAGAAGAUCCUCCUGCACCUCGAUAAUGCUUACAACAUUCCCAACCUGCGCGGACGAUCUGCAGCCUGCAGGACCAACCUGCCCUCCAACACUGCAUUUAGAGGGUUCGGUGUGCCCCAGUGUAUGCUGGUCAUCGAGAGUAUGAUUGAUGAUGUGGCUCUUCAACUCGGACGUCUACCUGAAGAGAUCAGGGAGAUGAACAUGUACAAGCAAGUUUCCCUCACUCACUACAAGAUGGAGUUUGACCCAGAAAACCUUGUCCGCUGCUGGAAGGAGUGUAUGGAGAAAUCUGACUUCAGUCAUCGCCGUAAAGCCAUCGAUCUCUUCAACCAGCAGAACCAGUUCAAGAAGAGAGGAAUCUCCAUCAUACCCAUCAAAUACGGCAUUGGCUUUGCUGAGGGCUUCCUCAACCAGGCUGCAGCUCUCGUGCACAUUUAUAAGGAUGGAUCUGUGCUGGUGAGCCACGGCGGGGCAGAAAUGGGUCAAGGCCUACACACUAAAAUCCAACAGGUGGCCAGUCGAGAGCUGAAUAUUCCUGCAUCUUUGAUCCACAUUUCUGAAACCAGCACACAGUGUGUCCCGAAUACCUGCCCGUCUGCUGCAUCCUUUGGUACCGAUGCCAACGGGAUGGCAGUGCAGGAUGCCUGCCAAAUAUUAUACAACAGACUGGAGCCAGUCAGAAAAAAGGAUCCUAAGGGGACAUGGCAGAACUGGAUUAUGAAAGCGUUUUUGGAGAAAAUCAGUCUGUCGGCAACAGGAUAUUACAGAGGUCAUGAUCUGGACAUGGACUGGGAGAAGCAGGAGGGAAGACCUUAUGCUUACUUUACAUAUGCAGUUUGCUGCAGUGAGGUGGAGCUAGACUGUCUGACUGGAGAGUACAGGACCUUGAGGACGGAUAUUGUUGUUGACAUUGGCAGAAGUAUAAAUCCGUCCAUCGAUAUUGGUCAGAUUGAGGGAGCGUUCACGCAGGGAUUGGGUCUCUACACCAUGGAGGAGCUGAAAUAUUCUCCGUCUGGUGUUUUGUACACACGUGGCCCAGGCCAGUACAAGAUCCCAGCCGUAUGUGACGUCCCGCUCAACUUUAACGUCUAUCUUUUAGCCGGCUCAUCCAACCCUCACGCCAUCUAUUCCUCAAAGGGGAUUGGUGAGCCAACGUUGUUCUUGGGCAGUUCUGUGUUCUUCGCUAUUAAAGACGCUGUGACUGCAGCCCGAAAAGAUGCAGGUUUAACCGGUCCGUUCCAGCUGAACAGCCCUGCCACCCCAGAGCGGGCAUGUCUAGCCUGCGCCACACGCUUCACAAACAUGGUUGUUGCACAAAAUGAACCUGUGUCAACUUCUGGACCAGCUCGGCCUUGGGCGCUGGACAUAUAAAACCAUAAUCUUCAUCUAACAAUAUUAUAAUAUUUUAAUCUCUUGAUUAAACACAACCAACAAUAUUAAUCUACUAAAACAAACAAAAACAGACAAAACAACACAUUUUGUGCUCUGCAUGCAAUCACGACUCAAGAAAAAUGAAUAAUUAUUCAAGUUUAUUAUCAACACUCUUUAAUAUCAUCUCACAUGCAUAAGUUCACUUUAUAUAUCAUAAUAAAAUGUGAAUUUAGUUAUUUUACUUCCUGCUAAUGGUUAUUCAAGCACAUUACAUAUUGUUUAACUGCAUAAUAACAUAUAUUAAGGAUGCUAGAACAUAUAGUUCUGGACAAGCUAAAGGCUUUAAAGGUUGAUGGUUUAUAACUAGCAACAGGUCAAAGUCUCAAUGAAAAUGAUGUGUCAGCUUGUUUGUGUGAGGUAAUAAAGCUGAUAAUGAUCUGA